AUAAUGAUAUAAAGAUUGGUAAAAAUUGUAACUAAGGUAUAUUUGUAAAUGAUUUUAAAAAUGAAUCUAUGAACGCUAUAAAGUUCGAUAAGACUUGGCGGUCGAAAAAGCGUUUGCUAAUUAAAUGUUUUGUUUUCAUAGCAAAUAACAUGAACAUUAUCAGGCAAGUGUUGAAUAAAUAUUUUCCAAUGGGAAUAAAAUUAUAAUUUUCAUCUGAAAAAGAAGUCGCCAAAUUCCCCACCUUCCCCAUAACCACGCAAUUACCCAGAUAAUAAGGUACGCGAAAGCAGCGUCAUGACAACUGUUGACAAGUCCAGCCCGUAAAAUAAGAGGAGCUGAACGGGGGUGUGGCGCACAGAUUCAUUCAUGAAUUCGGUGUUCCGGGUGGGCGGCAGCCCAGCGGGGUUGGUUUCUCUCAACAGAGCCCUGUUAGCGCCGAGUCCUUAACAGCAAAGUCGGGCUGAGCUUCUGUCCGCGGCGGUUUGAAUAUCUGAGCUCAGUCAGACUCCGCACGUCGUUCGGCGUGGAUCGCAAAAGUGUUGAUAGUGUGGCACAACAAAGUAAAAACCAUGUCCGAGGCUUCUAUUGAGCUGGACUCCGGCACUGCCGUGGCCCCCAAGUGCGCCCAUGGGUACAAUAAUAACAACAAUAGUGCCCGCUCCAGCCGGAGUGCCUCCUCGGGAGCGGACUUGGAUACGGAUACCCGGCGUUUCGGUUGGUGUGGAUGGCAUCCGGAGUGGCUCCAGCGCUUCUGCACCGCCAAGUGGGCUCUAUUCUGGCUCUGCUGGGGCGGUGCUCUGCAAGGUCUAAUAGUAAACGGACUUAUCAACGUGUCCAUUUCCACGAUUGAGCGUCGCUUUGGGCUGCGCUCCCGGCAGAUGGGUCUGGUGGCCAGCGGCUACGACCUGGCCUCGUUCGCUUGCCUGGUUCCUGUGACCUAUUACGGCGGCCGGAGUGGUGCCUCCAAGCCGCGCUUCAUCGCCAUCGGGCUGAUCGUGAUGGGGCUGGGAUCGCUGGUCUUCCUGCUGCCGAACUUCCUGGUGGGCAACUAUCGGGCCACCAUUGCCGAGGCGAAUGUGUGCGAGCAGUCGGCAUUGCAGCCGAACUCCAGCCAGGCAGUGACCGCCUGCGAACUGAACGGCUUGGGCGAGGGCGAGGGCGAGGGUGAGGGCGAGAGUCUAACCUGGACGGUCUGGCUGUUCCUGGGGGCCCAACUGCUCCACGGAGCCGGAGCCUCGCCCCUCUUCACGCUGGGCGUCACUUAUAUCGAUGAGAACGUCUCAAAGAAGAUGUCAUCUGUUUACUUGGGCAUCUAUUAUACCAUGGCCACCGUUGGACCUGCGAUUGGCUACGUUUUCGGCGGCCAGUUGUUACUCAUCUAUACGGAUUGGCUAAGCGUGGAUCCGGCCCAACUCAGCCUGACCAGCGACAGUAAGGUGUGGAUUGGGGCCUGGUGGCUGGGCUUCAUUUUCGCUGCUGCCAUGUGCCUCCUCGUCGCCCUGCCCAUUUUCGGUUAUCCGAAAGUGCUUCCCGGGGCGGAAAAGCUGGAAAGGGUGUCCGAGGCACACGCCGCUCUUUCGGAGACGGAUAAAUCCAGUGAAGUGGCCAGCGGACUGGCUCAACUUCCCCGCGCUGUGCUCAGUCUACUGGGGAACCCCACCUUCUUUUUCCUGAACCUGGCCGGGGCCACUGAAGGUCUGGUCAUUGCCGGAUUCGCAGCCUUCCUGCCCAAGCAGAUCGAGAACCAGUUCAGCAUUUCGCCCAUGUAUUCGGCCCUAGUGAUGGGUCUGAUCACGGUUCCCGCUGGUGGGGGUGGCACCUUCCUCGGCGGCUACUUGGUGAAGAAGUGGAACCUGGCCUGCAGUGGAAUCAUAAAGAUGUGCCUGAUGGCCACCGUGGUGGCGGCACUUUUCACCACCUGCUUCCUGGUGUCGUGUCCAAAUCCGAAGUUCGCUGGCGUCACCACCGGAUACAACUUGAGGGCCAGAAGCGAUCCGCCCGUUUUGCUGGCUGAGUGCAACUCCAACUGCGGCUGCAGCCGGAGGAACUACGACCCAAUCUGCGGCAUCAAUGGCGUCAUGUACUACAGUCCGUGCUUCGCGGGAUGUGCCCAAGAGGCGCAUGCGGACAGCCUGAAGCGCUACCACAACUGCAGCUGCAUCGGAAGCGUUGGCUGGGUGGACGAGGGCAGGCAUGCCCAGCCCGCCUCCGAUUUCCGGCCAGAUGCCACCAACCUGAAGUGCGACUCCACGUGCCAGACCCUGCCCCUGUUUGUGGGCCUCUGCUUUGUCCUGAUGGUCUUCACCUUCCUGGCCACCAUGCCCGCUUUGUCAGCCACGCUGAGAUGUGUUCAGGAUGAGCAGCGAUCCUUCGCCCUGGGCCUGCAGUGGAUCAAGGUACGUCUGUUGGGCACCAUUCCAGCACCACUUAUAUUCGGAGCCCUGAUCGACGAGUCUUGUAUCUUGUGGCACGAGCCCUGCGACAAGGAUGCUGGAGGCGCUUGUCUCGUAUACGAUAAUUUUUAUAUCAGCCGCUACAUGUGGCUAUUGGCGUUGAUCUGCAAACUGGGUUCAGUAGUCUUCUUUUCGUGCGCCUGGUGGUUCUAUGUGCCACCUAGAAAGACUUCAAAGGGCAAAGAAGACGUUAAUUGAGGGAGUUAGAAUACAAAUCGAACUGAAAAUAAAAUAGUGACCCAGCCAUGUGGCUCAUAUUGUGGCUCAUCAUUCGCUGGCUAUAGUUUUUCACCGAGUAACUAUGGACUUAAGGAACAUUACUAGAUGUUCAGCUCAUAACCCCCAUU